AUGAAGUUAGAACCAGUGCUGUGGACAUUUUUACUCACAGGCUGGUGUUUCCAUUAUGCCAGUACUGACUUUGUGGACUUAAAUGAACACUCUAAAGUUGAACUGCAAGAUGCACAAGAGUCCAAGGAAAAUAUUUUGGACAAGAACACCCGGAAACCAAGGGAUGUACCUGACAUGCAGAUGGAGUCAAACUGGAAUGUACCUGACUUAAACCAGGGCACCUAUGAAGAUGCUGAUUGGCACCCUUCUGCUUCAAUCCUAGAAGCAUUUUCUGACCUGAAUCCUGAUGCCCCAACAGUCAUACAGAUUGACAGUGCAGGUGGUGCGGACAGUAGCACCAACCAAACUUUCAACCAGACACACUGUGGAGAGUACAGCAGCCAGCUGAUGCCUAAUGGACAGUGUCGCCUGAUGGCAACUCUGCCUCAUGUGGGAACGACAGAAAAACGUUGCCCGGACAUGUUUCGCUGCACAGAUGAGAUUUCAUUCUGGCUUCAAGAGAACCAAAACAGAAAGCAGCAGCUUGAGGAGCUGAGGGAGACAAUGUCUGAGCUGCAGGAGGAGGUGAGGAACCACCGGCAUCGAGUCAAGGCCCUGGAGAUGCAGGGUGAAGACAGCAUCAGAUUGAACUUAACCGUGGGCCAUCGCUUGCAUUUCUUGGAGCUGCGCCACGCAGAGGCCGACACGCUGCUCCAAGUGCACGCAGCGCUGCUGUAUGAGCUGCAGGCGCAGCUUCGCAACCUGUCAGCCACCAUGCAGCACAUGACUCGCAGCAGCAGCUGCACAAUCAACGUGAUCAAGGCCACGCUGCCUCUCAGCAUGAGAAACACACUGGCACCAGGUGGACAGUACCUGUCUUUCUGCCCAUCAGACUGUACAUCUCUGUAUCACAAUGGUGUGCGUCGUUCAGGAGUUUACACCAUUGUCAUGUCACCAGGCACCACUUUUCCUGUUUACUGUGACAUGGACACAGAUGGUGGAGGCUGGACUGUAUUUCAGCGCAGGCGUGACGGCUCAGUCAGUUUUAACCGUGGCUGGGCUGAAUACCGAGAUGGUUUUGGUGAAGCACGAGGAGAACACUGGCUGGGCAACCAUCAUGUUCAUCUGUUGUCCAACCAGGGUCACUACAGCCUCCGCAUUGACAUGCAGGACUGGAGCCACGCCCAUAGGCACGCCCUGUAUCAGUCUUUCAGGAUAGACGAUGAAGAAAACCAGUAUCGUCUUCAUGUUUCUGGUUUCAGUGGAACAGUGGAGGAUUCCUUCGGCUGGUAUCAUGACCAACACGGUUUCAGCACACCAGACACGGGGAACAUCUGUGCUGAGAUCAGUCACGCCGGCUGGUGGUUCCACCAAUGUUUCUAUACCAACCUCAAUGGAGUUUAUUACAAGGGUGGCCGGUACUCUUUGAGGGCUCACAACUUGCUGGGGCCAGAUGGCAUCGUCUGGUUUUCCUGGAAGGAUUCAGACUUCUACUCUCUGAAGGGGGUCACCAUGAUGAUUCGGCCGCGAAAUUUCAGAAGUCUGUCACCUUAGUGACAAGGCAGUUUCAUUGCUGCUUAUUAAGAAAACUGCCAAAUGUACUAACACUGCCAAUAUAUUAUUACUGCUAAAAAUAAUCCCUUGGCAUGCCUGAUUUUCACUUUAAAAUUAAUUUCUUCAAAUUUACAGGAGGCAGCCUGUUCUAAAUUAAAUAAGUAUCAAACCUUUCUUAAGAUUUACCAAGAGGUUUGAUUUUGUAGACGAAUUUUCUGAAUGACCCAUGUUGGUUUUAUGGAGAGAUGCUUACCUGUUUAAUUUCCAUGCCAAUAACCAGAAUUAUUUAAUUACAGUGACUUUCACUGCUUAAACAAUAACUGCCAAGAUUUAAUUAUGAAUUUAUACUUUUUGUUACCUCACUUCUUACCUGGCUGCAGCUUAAUGAACAGUCAGACACAGUUAUGUAUUUGU